UGAGUUGCACUUGUUGACAGACAUUUUAUUAGGUUACAAAGGCUUACUCGUUCACUGUUAACUUUCAUAUACGUAAACUUCUUAAAUAUGGUAAAGGAACCCAUUCCCGAAGUAGACAUGAGGCUGGUGGCCAAAAAUGCGGAGGCUCAUCGGCGGGGCAUUUUAGGCUUUGCUCCUCGAAUUGGAUUGCUCACUGUCGACUACGACGAUCUGGACAGGAUCGACAACUUUUAUCUGGAGAGCCAGAGGUACCGAGACUAUUACCGCGACCCGCACAACACUCUGCACAAGCCGCCACGUUUUCGGCAACAUCAUGGAAAGUGCGGCAUCAAACUGGACACCAGUGUGCAGCACUUGACCCGGCCCAUCCGUUGGGUAAAGGAGCGACAGCCAGUCAUCUAUCCUUCUUCAAAGGACACUGCCAUGAUGGUGGGCAUACCAGUUUCAUCCAUGGUCAUAGGCCACUACGACAAGUCCACGAGUGCCUCUUUUCUUCGUUAGGCAAAUUGAUUUCUAUGCGAUUGCAGGCGAGCUGAGAUUUUUUGCGAAGUCUUUGUUUCCCAUUAUGUUGAAUGCACUUGGUGGUCAGAAAGGCGCUUGCAGAUUAUCUCAGUUCAUCUGUCAACGAAUCAACGAAUUCAGCUCGCAGAAAAAUCUGAAAUAAUAAUAAAAUGUAUCUUUUAAUAAAUGUGUGAAUGAUAAA